AUGUCUUCUCUUGUGAGCACCUUCUUCCUUGUUCUUCUUCUUCUUCUUCUAUCAGCCACCGCUAACGCUGUUUCUUGGGCCAAACACCUCGAGACGGUCCAAGUUGCCAGGCAGGGCCUGCUGCAGGCCGUGCCUUGGGCCCAAGAGCUCCGUGUUCUUAAUGGGCCGGGUCAUCGCUUGAGCCCGGCCCAAUCGGCCCUGACCGACUGCAUCACGCUGUACGAGGAUGCCGAGCCGAGGCUGGCCCGGACGGUCUCCCGCAAUUUUAGCCAUGACGACGUCGUCACUUGGCUUAGCGCGGCCUUGGCGGGCCACACGACUUGUUUGGAUGGGCUGAGAGAAAGGGGCGUGCCGUUUGAGGCCCAACGGGCCCAAAACUUGACUCGGGCUAUUCGGGAGGCCUUGGCUGUUCACGGGGCGGAUGGGAGUCGAAGGCGGAGAAAGAGAAAGGUAGGUAGGAGGCCUGGGUUGAACAAUGUGGGAGACAAUCUAGCGUCGUGGGAUUCGGAAAAGUCGAAGGCUGACUUUGUGGUGGCUCAAGAUGGGUCGGGGAAUUAUCGGACGAUAAAUGAGGCGGUGGGUGCGUUGGGACGAUUGGGGCAAAAUCGACCCGAAAGGGUCGUGGUGCAUGUGAAAUCGGGAGUGUAUAGAGAGAAAGUGGAAAUCGGACGGGAUUUGAAGGACAUUAUGUUCGUUGGUGAUGGCAUCGACAAAACAGUCGUCACUGGCAAUCAGAACGUACAAGAUGGUGCAACCACUUUAAAUUCCGCUACAUUUGGUGUAUCGGGGGAUGGUUUUUGGGCACGCGACAUGACGUUUGAGAAUACUGCAGGCCCUCACAAACAUCAAGCCGUGGCCUUGAGAGUGAACUCUGACCUAUCGGUCUUCUACCGGUGCAGCUUCAAGGGCUACCAAGACACAUUGUUCGUCCAUUCCCUCCGACAAUUUUACCGCGAAUGCCAGAUUCACGGCACGAUCGACUUCAUAUUCGGUGAUGCAGCUGCAGUUCUCCAGAACUGCGACAUAUUCGUCCGGAGGCCCAUGGACCACCAAUCGAACAUGAUCACGGCGCAAGGCCGGGACGAUCAGAACGAGAACACGGGAAUUUCGAUCCUAAACUCCCGAGUGGUGCCCUCGUCCGAGUUUCGAGAUGUUGCGGGUGGUUUCAAGAGCUAUUUAGGGCGGCCGUGGAAAAAGUACUCGAGGACCGUGUUUUUUAAGACAGAUCUCGAUGGAUUGGUAGACGAGAAGGGGUGGAAAGAGUGGGAUGGGGAUUUCGCGCUCGCGACUUUGUACUAUGCUGAGUAUAUGAACACGGGGGGUGGGGCUUCUACUAGGAAUAGGGUUAGGUGGCCCGGUUUUCACGUGUUGAGCGAUGCGAACGAGGCUAAUAAGUUUGCGGUUAGGAACUUUAUAGGUGGAGCCGACUGGAUUCCGGCCACCGGCGUCCCGUUUUGGGCUGAUCUUUGA